AUGCUUGCACACAUUGAACAGCAAAACAGCCACUCGUCCGGCUACUCUGUGACUAUGGCGCCUUACGACAUGGAAGUGCUUGACGACACCAAGCAUGAUGGGGCUGAAGAGAUUGAGAAGAUGGAAGACGACACUGCCAACAUGAAGCCUACUAGUGAGACAUUCACUCCGGAGGACGAGAGACGGCUUAUUCGGAAACUCGAUUUCUGGAUUAUUCCACUUAUGAUGGUGACGUAUACACUGCAGAGCUACGACAAGGGUGUCAUGAGCGCCGCAACACAGUUCAACUUCAAUGCAGACUUGAAGCUCACCACGAUUAAAUACGCCAAUGCCUCGAUGAUGUUUUACAUCGGAUAUCUUGUCGGUACAUACCCGAUGAUGUUCUUGUGUCAGCGCUACUCAACAUCGCGAGUGGUGUCAGUCGCUACAUUCCUCUGGGGAGCUGUUCUGAUGUCCACGGCUGGCUGCUUCAACUAUGCCGGUAUUAUGAUCAAUCGCCUUUUCCUGGGUUUCCUCGAGUCAGCCGUUGCUCCCUCCUUUACUGUCCUGGUUACCUUCUGGUGGACACGAGAAGAGCAGACCCUGCGAACUGGGUUCUGGUACAGCUGUGUUGGAGUUGCCACAGCCAUAUCGCCCCUCAUCAACUACGGCUUGGGCCAGAUUCACGGCUCACUGCCUUCUUGGAAACCAAUCUUCUUGAUUCUUGGCGGUGUCACCAUCUUGUGGUCCAUUGUGCUCUUCUUCUUCCUCCCUGAUGACCCCAUGACAAGUAAACGGUUGACAGAAGCCGAGAGACACAUUGCUAUUUGCCGUCUCGAAAGAAACAAUGCCGGUACCGUAAGCCACGAAUUCAACAAGGCCCAGUUCUUCGAGGCUUUCCGCGAUUACAAGCUGUACAGCAGCGCCUUCAUAGUGCUUCUUACCGGUGUGCCAUCGGGAGCCCUUGGAACUUUCGGUACUGUUGUGAUUAACGGAUUUGGAUUCGACCACUUCGAUUCUCUGGCUCUAACAUGUCCCAUUGGAGCGAUUACUGCCACUUCGAUUCUUCUCUCGGGCUACAUCACACGGAAAUGGAGAAACAUGCGUUACCUGCUGAUUAUUAUCUGUGGUCUGAUCUCCAUCGCGGGCACUCUCAUCUGUGUUUUUCUCAUUGCUGUUCAAGUUGCUUCUGGAGGAAUUGCUGUCUCUCUGACGGCAUCGAACAUAGCCGGACAUACUAAAAAAUCCACUGUCAGUGCCUCGACCUUCGUUGGAUACUGCGUCGGAAAUGUCAUUGGUCCAGUGAUCUUUGGCGCGUCUCCGGGGCCAAUCUAUCACGCGGGAUUUGUAGGAAGCUUUGUCUGUCUGUGUGGAGUGGUGGUGAUUGCGUCCAUUACUCUUAUUGCGUUGCGUAUGGAAAACAGAAAGAGAGACAAGCGAAGCGGCACACCCAUGGGUCUGCACUCAAUUGAUGAGGAUCUUACUGAUAUCCAGAACAAAGAUUUCAGAUACGUCUUGUAG